AUGGACAAGCUCGGUGACGUCGUACUGGCGACGCCGCGCCCGGUGCCCUUUCUUCUGCAGUCAGCGGCGAGUCCAUCGCGCUGCAUCCACCUGCAGAGCGGCACCGGCCGAAGCGAGAACGGCGACGUCUGCCACCUCUGGACGACGAUGCCGGGCACGUAUGCAGCUCAAGAGUGGUUCUAUGACCGCAAGCUCCUGCGGUCGAUGAAGGACCCGACCAAGUGCAUUCAUCUCCAGAGCGGGUCGGGGCCGACGUUCAACGGCGAUGUGUGCCACCUCUGGGACAUCCAGUCCGGGUCGUACCCGGCGCAGGAGUGGCUCCUUGACGGGAAGCUCAUUCGGUCGGCGAAGGAUCCAACCAAGUGCAUCCACCUCAAGGACGGCAGCGGCUUUGACGGUGACAAGUGCCACCUCUGGGACGUCCAAGAUGGAGCGUAUCCGAUGCAGGAGUGGAACGUCGUGUACCUCCCGACGGCGAUGGCCGCCACCGACGUCGUGCCGCUCCGGUCGCUCAACUGCGCCCAAGUCUACCAACUCCUCUCGGCGCUCGAGUUUACAAAGCACAAGGAUAUGUUUCUGAUGCACGAGAUCAACGGCCACGCACUUUCGUGCUGCGAGACCGCCGACGAGCUGCUCGAGCUCGGCGCGAUGCCAAAAUUGAAGGCCAAGUCGCUCUUCGAGACGCUCCAGCAGCUGCGCGCCAGCGGUGUGUCGCUUGCUUUCUUUGGCUGCGAGCCGCUGCCGAAGCGCCGGUUCCGAAUUCAGUCGGUCAAGUGCCCCGCGAAAUGCAUUCAUCUGCAGAGCGGCGAGGCUGACACCGCGUUCAACGGCGACGUCUGCCAUCUCUGGGAUACCAUUCCGAGGUCGUACGAAGCACAGACUUGGAUCUUUGAUGGCGCGCUCAUCAAGUCGGCCAAGGACCCGACCAAGUGCAUCCAUCUGAAGAGCGGAACGGCACCGUCCGGCAACGGCGACGCCUGCCACCUCUGGGACAUCCAGCCCGGCUCGUACCCGGCGCAGGAGUGGCGCUUUGACGGCAAGCUGCUUCGCUCGGUCAAGUGCCCGACCAAGUGCAUUCACCUCAAGAGCGGCCGCAGCGAGCCGUCGAACGGCGUGGUGUGCCACUUGUGGGACGCCGUCGACGGACCGUACGCGGCGCAGGAGUGGACGCUCGUGCCGUGUUAG